UCCGGGCUGAUUGACUGCGGCUCUGAAACACGUGCUCUCUCUGCUGCGCUGUCUGGGGAGAGAGAGCUGAGGGCUGGGUCCAGCCUUGUGUCCUGCACUCCGUGUCAGUCCUCAGCUGGGCACAGGCGCACGCAUAGCCCCGGCCCAGCCUCGCCCUCUCCGACCCAAUGGCCCAGCUCCAGGCUCGGUUCUUCACCGAGAACCACAAGUAUGUAGUAGAUGAUGUUCCAUUCUCCAUCCCAGCAGCCUCUGAAAUUGCUGAUCUCAGUAAUAUCAUCAAUAAAUUGCUGCAAGCUAAACAUGAGGACCACAAAUAUGUGGAGUUUGAUUUCCUUGUCAAGGGCCAGUUCUUGCGUAUGUCACUGGUCAAACACAUGGAAGCGGAAAACAUCUCAACAGAGGAAGUGGUGGAAAUAGAAUAUGUGGAGAAGUACACAGCACCUCAACCCGAGGAAUGCAUGUUCCAUGACGACUGGAUCAGUUCUAUUGAAGCUACGGAAGAAUGGAUCUUGACUGGCUCUUAUGAUCAGACCUCUCGAAUCUGGUCUUUAGAAGGAAAAUCCAUCAUGACAAUUGCUGGGCACACAGAGGUGGUGAAAGAUGUGGCAUGGGUGAAAAAAGAUAGUUUGUCAUGCCUGCUACUCAGUGCCUCUCUGGAUCAGACUAUCCUGCUGUGGGAGUGGAAUGUAGAGAGGAACAAAGUGAAAGCCCUUCACUGUUAUAGAGGACAUGCUGGAAGUGUGGACUCUAUAGCAGUUGACUGCACAAGAACUAAAUUCUGCAGUGGAUCUUGGGAUAAGAUGUUAAAAAUCUGGUCUGCAGUGCCUACAGAUGAAGAGGAUGAAAUAGAGGAAGCAGCAAACAGACCAAGGAAGAAGCAGAAAAUUGAACAGCUUGGACUAACCAGGACUCCCAUUGCAACUCUUUCUGGCCAUACUGAAGCCAUCUCCUCUGUGCUGUGGUCAGAUGCUGAAGAAAUUUGUAGUGCAUCAUGGGAUCAUACAAUUAAAAUAUGGGAUGUGGAGACAGGAGGUCUCAAAUCAACUUUGACCGGAAACAAAGUGUUUAAUUCUAUCUCCUACUCACCACUGUGUCGGCGUCUAGCAUCUGGGAAUACUGACAGACACAUUAGAUUAUGGGAUCCCCGCACUAAAGAUGGUUCCUUGGUACUCCUCUCUUUGACUUCUCACACUGGCUGGGUGACAUCUGUAAAGUGGUCUCCCACACAUGAGCAACAGCUAAUCUCAGGUUCUCUAGACAACGUUGUCAAGAUUUGGGACACAAGGAGUUGCAAGGCUCCUCUCUAUGAUUUGGCUGCGCAUGAAGACAAGGUUUUGUGUGUGGAAUGGACUGAAGCAGGGUUGCUGUUGAGUGGAGGGGCAGACAACAAGCUAUAUUCCUAUAGAUAUUCAGCAACAACCUCUGAUGUUGGAGCAUGAAAAUGAAGGGCAAGAAGAUUUUAGAGGUUACUUUCCAGUAGCCCUAACCUGCUGGAAGAUUUUAGAUAACAUACAGUUCAGCAUCUGAAGAAAACAGCCUCCUAGAAAAACUGUCUGCUUCUACUUUGUACCGGAAAGCAGCCCUUUGUGGUUUUUGUAUUAUAGCAACAUGUAUAUGUAUUUGUAUUUAUAACAGAAAGACAGAACUACGAAGCAACCUCACACUUAUCUGGUCUGAUACUGAAAUCAAACAUUUGCCCCUUUUCUCUCAUAAGGACUAUAUAAAGAACACUGGAGUUUACUUUUAAUAAAAUGUUACUGAGAUUGCUAGACAAAUUACUCACUAGACCAAAUUAUUUUGUAUUAAUUCACAUUCUCUUUUUUAUAAAGAUUUUAUCUAUAAAGUUCAAUAUAUUAUGGGUCUGAACUCAAGUAGGUACUUGAGUUACACAAUUUCCAGUUGCUUCAGUGGGGGCUGGAAGUACUUAUUAGCUCAAGAUUCACCCUUCACCCUUGAACAAUGUCUGAUGCUGCUUCCGCUGAAAUAAAUGGAAUUAGGAUAAGGUCCUUAAUAGGGAUGUGAUGCAAAUUAUGUCACCAUUAUAGUUUCAAGGUGUUCUCUAUUGAUUUUAUUGGCAAAUGGAAUAUUUUGGUUCCUGUCAUUCAUAAGUUAAAGUGGUGUAAAUGUACACUUUAAAAAAAAUUACUGGCUGAUAUUGAAAAAAAAUACUAUACAGUAAUGCAUUAAUGGAAUAUCUAACUGCUAAGGAAACCCUUAUUGUGCAGUAUAGGGUGCCCUGUCCAAACUGAAGCUCUAAGUACCUGUUGGCAAAAAGACUGCAGACAAAGCAAUGUUUUAUCAGAGCCAUUUAUUGUAACUGUCUAUUCUGAGCUGGAUACCCCAAGGAGUUCUCUAUAUGAUUUUUUUUCUUUUACCCUCCCUCACAUGAAAUUAGUAAAUCAUCAUAAUCUGGUCUCUUCUGAGUAAUAUUUCCUAUUAAAUAAUAAGGGCUCAACAUGUGUGGGAGUUACCUGAGACGCAGUACUAGAACACAUUCUUCUUUAACAAAGAGCAAGUUAAGUGCUCAGAUCUCUCUCCAUAUAUUUUCACAUCAGCAAAUAACUUGCAUCGGAGAAUUUUCUUUACAAUUUAGUAGAAGCAAUCUGUGCAUUUAGCUUGGUUGAGGAUGUGGCAUUUAAUGCAUAAUCAGCUUUAUUUUAGAGGAUGUAGAUCAACAAUUCACUUGUUUUCUGGGGGGGGAGGAAAAAACAGAAGUUUCACAAGGCUUCAAUCUUGUAUCAAAAUAGUUAGACAUCCAUGGCGGCUCACUUCCUCCCGUGAGGGUACUGUUUUCAUUACCAGCUCUAGUGGAAGAGCUCUGCCCCAUUAAAUAGUAUACAAAUAGUUCAGGGUAUCAAAGGAACUAAUCAUUCCUAAACUACACAUUCUUGUUAUAAACCAACCCCAAACAUUUAAAGCCUGAGUGUUUUUGCAUUUUUUUAAAUAAUGAUAUGGGUCUUGGUUUUCAAUAAAAUUACAACAUAGUUAAGUCACAGGCUAAGAAUAAAGUUCCCCGUUUUAUUCUUCAUUGAGGACUGCAAAAAUCUGACUGCGUGUGCUUCAGAAGAUACCCAUGUAAAGACUUCAGAUUUGUUCCAAGAGUCUCUGACAGCAAUAAAAGAUAUUAAAAUAAUGAAGCAAAAACCAUUUAUGAAUUAUUAAAAGGGGAGAGAAUUUAGUUUUGUUGGUUUAAUUUUUUUCUUUAAAGAAUGUAAAAAUGUGGUAUUUUUAUACAUAGACAUGUAAUCCUUAGGGAAAACUGACUUGUAGAGGGGGGUCUUGACUGAAUAAAGACUGAUGGAGUGGCCUUUUAGUUGGAGUUCAGAGAUCAGUUUGCUCUCCUUAUCCUUUUAGAGUAUUCCAAAGGCCAUUUCUAGGUUUGUAAUUUACAUUCUUGCCUAGUCUUUAUAAAAGUAACUGAGGGAAAAAUUCUAUUUUCUGAUUUAUUUAUUUUUAACUUGGAGGGAAAAAAAAGGUCUGUGGUUUGAAUGUACAGUGACAAGGACAUCUAAACUUGCAUUCUGAUAUGAACGAUUAGAAGUAAAUAAUGUUCCAAAGGUUAAAAUAUACAUUUUAAUUGUAAAGAAAAAAAAAUCUCAUGCACACAACCAUUGUUACUGUGUUUUAAUCAGAUACUGCUGCUUAGCUGUGUUCUCCACCAGCAGCCUAUUAAAAAAAAUGGAUACAUCA